ACGAAUUCCACCGAACCCGCAAUUGACCACAUCACGGACUGGGAUUGUCCAGGAACACUGACUCAGUCAACGGCGGGUACGUACCUCUUAUAUCAUAUCGACGACGGCGGCAACAACAACAACACGAUCAUGUCCCAAGCAUUCCGUUUCCCAGCCGGCCCAGCAAGGAUCCGAACCCUCUACAUCCGAGUCAAGCCAGCACCAACCAGUCUGUCGGAGCGGCGCGCUGUCCUCCGCGCCCUGAGCCAACAUGGCAACAUUGAGAUGUUCAAGCAGCUCUACGACUCUUCCUCCUUCAUCUCCAUAGCAUCAUCCCAGAACGCGGCUGCCAGCAUCGUUCGAAGGAGUCCUCUUCAGUUCGAUGUCCUCGCUCGAAACUUAUUCGACCCUCGCGUCCCCGACUCCAUCCGACUGCCACCACCCAUAGAUACAUCGUCAGCCGUCUCAUUGCCCAGCGCCGUUACUACUGGCACUAUCACGAAUUCAAACUCCAAGUCCGGGCAAACAGAUCUCAAUCCACAACAGCUGCCGCUAUCCCCGUCCUCAUCCAAACUUCCAACUCUGCCCGAGCGAGACCCGACCGCCUUCGUAACCAAGACCUUUAUCCUCGAAGCCUUCAACGCCCCCGAAUACCCGCACAAGGAACACAUCCGCAUGUCCGCUCUGUACGGACCCUGGCCACGCGACGAUCCCGAUCCGCCUUCCCACGACACCCCCACGUCAUCAAAAAGGCUGACCCUCACAUCCGCCGCCCUGCGCGCCUCGGUCCCUCAAGACAUGGCCUACACCGGUCUGCACGACUGGGAGUCGGCGGGCCAAGAUGCCAUGGACGUCGAGGAGGCCACGGCUAUUGAGGAGGGAAUUUCGGCGGACUCGGCGACCAUGGUGAGGACGUGGAGGGCGUUUUGGAGGGAGAGGGUGGACAAAGGGGAUUCAUUACAGUAUCAACUUGGGACAACAGGUGAUAUGGGCAGCGCGUAUAGCCAUAUUAUGAAGAGGAAGAUGAAGCAAGAGAAUAAGAAGCGUAUUCAGAACAUGCUGUCUGGAUAGGUCGCGGCAACGAAACAACCAGGGCAGAACAAAAGAUGGGGAUGGGGAAGGGAAGAUGAGGGAGAAGGCGGCCUACUUUGUGGGUCAAGGGAAAAUCAGCGGAAGAAGAAGAUGCUGCAGUGCUGAAGGGUUUAAUUCCGGCACUGGGAACACGCCCAUCCAGAUACAACCUUCGGUCGAGCUCAGAAUUGGAUGACGAUGGUGGUUUUAACUACCACAAGCUUUACGGUAUGUUUCAAUGAGCCCUGAUCUCAAGUCCGACCAGGCGCAUGCUAAC